UGUAUGUGUAACUGUUUCAUAAACAGUUGUAAUCUGGUUAAACAUAAUGAGUUACGUUAUUGUGCGUGUUCUAUGUUGAAAUAAUCAUGGAAGAAGAUUUUCACGAAAAGGGCGAAAAUUUUAAACAUGUUAAACAGUUGUCACAUGUCAAUUACGAUGUGUUAUUGUCAUCGGCCGGUGAAUUUGGACGUUACCAGUAUUUUCUCUUCUUCGCCUCAUUCCCCUUUUACGUCUUUGGUGUUUUUGUGUACCUUGGACAAAUAUUUAUGACUGAAACAUCUCCAAAUCACUGGUGUUGGAUACCCGAACUGGAAAACUUGACGGAGUUUGAAAGGAGAAGUUUAGCCAUUCCCACGGAUGAUAAGGCGCGUUUUGGAUACUCACAGUGUAGCGCCUACGUGGCCAAUUGGACCGAAGUUCUAAUUACUGGAAAUAAACCAGACCACUCAUGGCCAACCACGCAAUGUUCACAUGGUUGGGAGUUCAACAAAUCGGAAAUUCCAUACGUUACAAUUUCAAGUGAAUUGGGAUGGGUGUGUGAAAGAGACAGUUACCAAGCAUCGGCUCAGUCAAUAUUUUUUGUUGGUUCAAUUGUCGGUGGAUUUGUGUUUGGAUAUGUCUCUGAUAAAUAUGGAAGACUACCAGCCAUCGUCUGCUGUAACAUGUUGGCUUGUUUGGCUGGCAUAGGUAGCGCUUUUGCAACUAGUUUUACGAUAUUCGCACUUUGUAGAUUCCUUGUAGGCAUGGGGUGGGAUAAUUGCAUGAUGAUUAUGUACCUACUAUCACUCGAAUAUGUUGCACCGAAGUAUAGGACUCUGAGUGCUAAUUUGCCAUUUGCCAUAUUUUUUACUUCGACCCUUGUCACUUUGCCUUGGAUAGCACUAGCCUGCAAUAACUGGAGGACAUUUGCAUUAGUUACGAGUAUACCAUUAGGUUUAACAUUAUUGACCCCUCUAAUUAUUCCGGAGAGUCCCAGGUGGCUGCUGUCUAAAGGACGACUCGACGAUACUGUGAAAAAGGUAAAACACAUAGCAAAAGUUAACAAAGAAGUCGUUCCAUUAGAUAUGAUUGACCAGUUCAAAACAUAUUUCAACCAACAUCCAAAAGAAGAAAAUUAUACUAUAUUAGAGUUAAUUAAGAGACCGCUCUUAAGAAAAAUGUUUUUAUUGUUGUGCUUAGAAUAUAUGUGUGGAAUGGUCGUGCUUGAUGCUCUGAUCAGGAGUGUUGGGUCUCUACAAUUUGAUUUUUUUGUAUCAUUCACUCUAACAUCACUUACGGAAUUUCCAUCUAUAUUGUUACUUGCUUUAGUUUUAGAUAAAACAGGAAGGAGACUUUUGACAAUUGUCGCAUUUUCCUUAUGUUGUGUGUUUAGUAUUCUUAUAGGCUUUGUCGAUAAGGGUUUUGUUUCCGUGAUUUUUGUUAUUAUAUCUAGACUUUUUGUGAAUAUGACAACAAUUACGUGUGCUCAAUGGGCUCCUGAAAUGUUACCAACAUCUGUACGGGGUUCAGGCGCAGCAUUUGUUCACAUUUGUGGUUACGUGGCAACUAUUAGUUCUUCAUUCAUUGCUUAUUUAUAUGUUGUAUCAAAUGUGAUUCCUCCAAUUAUUAUAGGCUGUGUAGCAGGCUUGGGUGCAUUCAUAGGUUUUAUAUUACCAGAAACUGCAAACAUAGAUAUGCCACAGACUUGCGAAGACUCUGAAAAUUUAAUGAGAAAUCACAAUGUUUGGAAAAUUUUGCCAUGUAGAGCGAAGUUAGGUAAGAAAGUUGAAACAGAGACCGGAUAAAUUUAUACAAUAUUCUUAUUUAGAAACAUGUUGUUGAAAAACUUCUGUAAUCAUUAACAAAGCAUGAUGUCUAUAACUGGCUGAUAACUUUUGGUUAUGAAAUAUGCAUAUACAGUACUUUUACGUGAUCAAACAGAACAAUCGAACAUAUGAUUAUGUUAGACUACGUGAAGUAGAUACUUUGCAGGAUUCAAGCGAAUGGGUGAGACCGUUUUUCUAUAUUUUCACGAUCUUAAGGAGAUAUCAACAUUGUUUGAAGUGCAGACCUAGAUAUCAACAUUGUUUGUAGUGUAUAUUUAUCACAUCUUUGAAUAAACAAUAAUUAAAUAAA